CUGCAACAAACCAGACAUUUACCACUUCUGGGGAGAUGAACAUCUCUUCAUGCCCCAUCACCUAUUAUGGACAGAAAUAUGACAAAGUCUAUUUGGCCUUCGAUGCUAACAGAUUUGCUGUUUGCUUCAAUGGCUUAUACCAACCUGGAAUCAAAAAUGACUGUAUUUUGAUGUCUGGAGGGACAGCUGACAGAGGCGACCUGGCAGUGCUUAAUAAAGAAAUACCCACUGGAUCCGGGGUUCAUCAUCUUCUGCCAAACCUUAAACAUGCUGGGAAAUGUAUCAACAUAAUACCUUUGAAAGAUAGGCAACAAUCGGAAAUUGAACAAGUUGAACUUGGCAACUUUGGGUCACAAGCAAUUCUGGCAAUCAGGACACAUUCUGGAUACACAAAUGUUGAUCUUGAGGCAGAUGCACGAGUCAAUGGCCUUACAGUUUCUAAACAGACAUUCCAGACAGCUGAUACCAAUAAGGGCGUCAUCACAGACCUGAGCGGAUGCAGACUCUCAGGUGUUGUUUAUAAGACAAAUACGACAGUAAGGGACCCAAACAUAUGCACUUCUGUAACCUGUGACUUCAGUGGAGUCGCUACUGCCGUAAAUGAUUGUGGUCCCCUGGAGCAUUGCCAAGGCGAUGGGAGUUGCAAGUUGAACAGCAUGUGCACAGUGACCGGCUCUGCUAUCAUCGACAUUGUUGGCAGAGUUCACUCUGUCCCGGACCGGUGUGGGUACACUCUGAUGAAGCCCUCAUCGAUCCCAGGCUUCCAGGUGCUGGGGUUUUUCCAAGAAAGACGCCGUAAAGAUGUUAGUUUUUUGGACCGUGUGACAUUGCAGCUGGACAGUGCCGGUGUUCAGAUUUCCCUGGAACAAGGCAGCAGGGUUCAGCUGAAUGAUGAAGUACUGAUGCUCAAUGCCACAGCACAGAUGGUUCACGGUGUGGAGCUCUCCAGGGACCAGACAGGUGUGACUGCUAAAAUAUCAGCUUCCAACUACAUGGUUUCUGUCCUCUUUGAUGGCUACACCGCACUAAUCCACAUGACAGGACCGAGUGGAGCUCCCGUGGAUGGUUUAUGUGGGAACUCCAGCAGGUCUUUGAUUGAAGAGAAGGUUGCUGAACACUCGGACAGCAGCUGUGAGAUACAAUAUGAGGAUGAUGCUGACGAUAAGAUCAACUGCAACACCACAACUAAAUGGUGUAAUAUCCUGAAGCAGGCUCCUUUCAAUGUCUGCAAUAAGCACAUCAACCCAGAGCCCUUCAUAACUGCCUGCACAGACACUUUGUGCAAAUACCCUGCAGUGGAUGGUCUCAAGUGCCAGUUCCUGGAGGCCUACGCCAGGGCCUGCAGCCACCACAGCAAUGUCACGGUGGAAAGUUGGACUCCAAAAACCGGCUGCCCUGCUGUCCCUCGGGCCUUCUGUCAGGACAGGUUCUGCAGUGUUAAUGAGUUCUGCGGUGAGAGAUAUGGUGGGGAACCACAAUGUCUCUGUCGGGCCAUUUUUGCCUCCAAGUACAAACCGACAAGCUCUUUUGGUGAGCCGACGGACUGCAAACAGAAGUCUGCUUCCGUAACUCUGGCUAAUUGUCUCUUGGAGGACAAAAACAUUGAUUACUCUGUCUUACACCUCAAUGACGAGGCCUGCAAAGCUGAAAUGGACGACCUGACCCACAUGGUGACGUUCAACUUUAAUAGCAACAACCCUUGUGGUACAGUUGUCAUGGCAAACAACAGUCAAAUUAUCUACAAGAACACCAUCAUGAGAAGGAACCUCUCCGCGUUUGGCUUAAUCAACCGGCAAAGCCCAGUGCAUAUUGACUUCUCCUGUUAUUACAGUCAGCCGGAUAUCAAGAGCUUGGCCUUCAGACUCAAACACAGCUCUAUGAUCCAGCAGAUGACUUCUGGAGAAUGGAAUUACAAUCUGAGCAUGAAGGCCUACGCCGACGCUGACCGUAUCAACGGUAUCCAGGCAAACACCGACAUCCAACUGAACGAGAAAAUCUGGGUGGAGCUUAAGACGGAGGGAUUGGAUGAAAAAAUGGUUGUUGUGGUGACUGACUCCUGUUGGGCAACCGAUCAGCCUUCGCCAAGUGGAAGUCUGAGAUAUGACUUCAUCAUCCAAGGCUGCCCUAACCCUGCUGACCAGACAGUAAAAGUGGAAGGCAAUGGAUUGGGAACAUCAAACUACUUCACUUUCAACAUGUUCCAGUUCGUUGGCAAGACUGGUGACGUCUACUUGCACUGCAAAUUAGAGCUGUGUGUCACGGAGAGUAAUGCCUGUGCCCCGAGGUGCGGCCAAGAUGUAAGAAGGCGUAGAUCUGCCAUGUCGAAAUAUGAGGAUAAAAACCCAGCCUUCAUCAGCAUGGCCUGGACUAGUUAGGUUUCCAUGGACAUUUGGACUGACAUCGAGCACAAAACCCAAAAUGAUUCCUGUUUUGCGUUGAUGAAGAGUCUGAGUUGCUGUGAAUCUUUACAAAC